AUGGCUCCCAAAAAGGACGGCAAGGCGACUGGCGCGCCUGAGGGCUUCACGCCGGAACGGUUUGAAAAGGAACUCAAGGAACUUGCGACCAAGGCCCAGGAAGAUACUUUUGCGAAGCGGUUCAUGGGUCAAGCGCUUGUUUACUUGCAGACUCUUUUGCUCCUUGGCUUGUUGGGUGUCGCGUCGAGCGCGUCGCAGCUCAACCUGUCCCCUAUCUUUGGGUCCAUCCCUUCUGCUGUCACGCAUACAACUGCGCUCAAGGCGGCUUGCUUUAUUGGUUGGGCCGGCAAUCUGAUGCUCCGCAUGGUUCUUCCUAUGUCGACUUCUCAGCUUCUCCCAGUCAUCGCCCUUAAUAUCCCGGCUAUCCAGUUUCUUCUCGGGACCUUCACUGACCGUCUUGGCUCUUGGUGGGGUCCUCUCAUCAUCGAGGGUUUCACCUUGUUCCCCCUGGCCAUCGUUUCGGCAGCCUCCGUGGCCGAUGUUCUUGAGGAUGCUGACCUGAGCGCACUGCCUAAAUUCGUUGCAGAUGCGGCGCCUGGCAUUGUCUCUUGGGGUCUGUUUAGACUGGCUGAGAACCAGUCCAUGGAGAAGCUCCAGGGUGCUAUUGGAAGCACCUUUGUCUUUACCCGUGUUGGUAUUGAACUUGUCUUGGGGGUUGUCUAUGCUAUCAUGGCACCAUCUAAGUAUCUCGUCUUGGCUAUUCCUGGGCUGUUGCACACAGCGGUCUUGAACACCCACGUCAUGACACCCAUGGCCACCGAUGCUCUUAACAGCACCUUGACAGCCCAGAAUUGGACACUGUUGGAGCGCCGCGAGUCGUUGACUGGCUAUGUGUCAGUCAUCGAGAGUCUGGAGAGAGGUUAUCGUGUAAUGCGCUGUGAUCAUAGUCUUCUUGGAGGUCAGUGGGUUCAGCUCAAUGGUCGAAGAGUGUCCGAGCCGAUUUACGGUGUUUUCGUCAUGCUCGAAGCUGUCCGCCUUGUUGAGCGGGAGGCUACCCUGCCUGACAGCGAAGCUAGCGCCCUUGUCAUUGGCCUUGGUAUUGGGACUACCCCUUCUGCCUUUGUUUCUCAUGGCAUUGACACUACCGUGGUUGAGAUCGAUCCAGUAGUUUAUGAGUUCGCUCAAAAAUAUUUUGAUCUUCGGGAGAACAAACCUGCUGCUGUUGCCGAUGCUGUCUCUUAUACGGCUGACUUGGUGAAGCAAUCCAAGACCUAUGACUACAUUGUUCACGAUGUGUUCACUGGCGGUGCAGAGCCUGUUGGCCUCUUCACCCUCGAGUUCCUCCAAGGAUUGGGAGACUUGCUGAAGGAUGAUGGAGUCAUUGCUAUUAACUAUGCUGGUGACUUUGGUCUUCCUACACCUCAGCUCAUCUACCGCACCAUCAAGAAGGUUUUCCCCUCCUGCCGUAUCUUCCGUGAGAGUCCACGAGACGAGGCCAACGUUGAGAAGUGGGGAAGCGACUUCACCAACAUGGUCAUCUUCUGCCGCAAGACGCCCGGAGAGGUCACCUUCCGCAAUCCCAAGCAAAAGGACUUUCUCCGAAGCCAAGUCCGUCAGGCUUUGCUACUGCCCAAGUAUGAGAUCAAGGAGCAGGUCUUCCUUGAAGAUGAGGCUACUGAUGUCCUCAACAAGAACGAAACAAGCAAGGUUACCAAGUGGCAUCAGGACAGCGCUGCUGGACACUGGAAGAUCAUGCGAUCUGUGCUACCUGGAAUGAUCUGGGAGCAAUGGUAG